AUGACAGCAACAAACAACAACGGCAACUUUAUCAUUUCUGAUGAAAAAGUUAUUGAUUCAUUAGCUGAGGAAUUAGUUGUGGCAGAAACUAAAACCCUCAACGAAAGAAUUGGUGAAAACAAGAUUGAUUUACAUAACUACCUCAAACAUGAUGGAGGAAGAGGAAGGAAAACUGGUAUGGCUUUAUUAGUAAAUAAAAUAUCAAAUUUAACGAUUAUAGAUGUUGAUAUCAAUAAAUCAUACAAUGAUGAACUUAAAGAAACAGUUAGAAAAGAUAUUUUAUCAAAACUUUCGGAUAAAGAUGUUAUCGUUAAAACAGCUUCAGGAGGUCUUCACAUUUAUUGCAACACUAAUUUCUUCUAUGCAGUUUCGAACAGAAUGAUUAAAUGUUAUUCCUGCAAUGAUUAUGAUAUUGAUAUCAUGACUUCUAUGGAUGAUUCAAAGCGUUCAUUAGUGGUUAUGGCUGAUUCAAGAGUUCGCAAGAAUGCAACAGAACCAAUCAAUACAUACUCAUUCAUUCGUGGAAGUUAUGAUUCAACAUUAACUAGAACAGUAAACGAUAUAUUAAAUGAUUUGAAUAUUAAGGUAAGAGUUGAACAGAAGAACGAAGAAAUAAAGAGUAUAAUGAAUGAAACCAAAGAUGUAAACAUUGACGAUAAACUUGCCCAGAGCAUAGUUGAUGGCAUCUGUGAUUUUGAAGUACAUAAUGACGGUGGAAACAUGAAUUUAGAAAAAGAAGUUACAUUAUUCACACUGUUUCAAGCAAUUAAUUCGUUACCGGAUCAUUUAAUUAAUGAAGCAUACGAUAACGUUUAUAACUUCUGCAGUUUAACAGAAAAUGCUAAAAGUAAUUUUGAAAAAGCACGUAGUAGAUAUACACAUUUAAUGACUUCUCCAUUUGUUUUAGUGAAGAUUCUAAAACUUUAUCAAAAGGAAUAUUAUGAUGAAUACGUUUUGCCUUUAUUACGUAAGCCAAAAAUAACAUUUGAUAUCAAACUUGAUGACUCGUUUUUGAUAACAGAUAUUAGACGCAAGGCUGAAAAUCAUCAGUAUAAAAACAGUUCUGAAGUAAUUGAGGAUUUAUCACGUGUAAUUCGUUUUGUAGAUUGUGGAAACAAAUAUUUCAUUCAGAAAGAUUACAACAUACACGACAAAAUGAAUCAAAUAUCAUUCGUUCUUCAAUCAAACAUGAAAGAGUCACUCAAAAUGAUUAAAUUAUUUAAAGAAGAAGGUAAAACAACAACAGCAUGGGAUGUACUACUAAAUCAAUUGUCUUCAUUAACUGUUAAGGGUGUUUGCUUUAAAUCUGAUUCUCCAGAUGUUUUCUCAACCUUUCAAGGUUAUAAAUACAACAUUCUCGAAAAAGUAGAUUACUCAAAAAUUGAGAU